AAAUUAAUCAAGGAAGGGAAGGGAAAGGUAAUUAGGGAGUUGAUGGAAGCAGCGCCCCAGCUCGUUUCCAGUGGAAUCGAGUCUCUCCGGCGCACUUCAUUCCCUGCCACCACCAGUCGAGUCGGCCUUCCUAAACCCAAACGAUUUCACCGGGUUCUUGCCGUCGCCACCGAGCCCAAGCCCAAGCCCAAAUCUCCCUCGCCUUCCAAACCUAUCAAUGGAGCUUCCACGAGAAUGGGAGAUGUUUCCAAGGAGAUCAAAAGGGUGCGGGCGCAGAUGGAAGAAAACGAAGACCUGGCGAUACUCAUGAAAGGUCUCCGCGGACAGAAUUUGAAGGACUCUCAGUUUGCCGAGGAUGACGUCCAGCUUCGUCUUGUUGAGACAGAUGAAAGCAGUGAAUUGCUGCCUCUGGUAUAUGAUCCUGAUAGCAUCUCUGCUUAUUGGGGAAAGCGCCCUCGUGCUGUUGUCACUCGUGUAAUCCAACUACUCUCUGUAACCGGGGGUUUCCUCUCCCGCCUUGCCGGUGAUUUCAUUAACAAGAAACUCAAAGAGAAUGAAGUCGCUAGGGCCAUUGAAAUAAGAGAAAUUGUCACCUCUCUGGGUCCUGCAUAUAUCAAACUUGGGCAAGCAUUGAGCAUUCGACCUGAUAUACUGUCACCCGCUGCUAUGGUUGAGCUGCAAAAGCUUUGUGAUAAGGUUCCUUCAUUUCCAGAUGAUAUAGCUAUGGCUUUCAUUGAGGAGGAGCUUGGUCAGCCAUGGCAAAACAUCUACUCUGAGCUCUCUCCGUCUCCAAUUGCUGCUGCAUCUCUCGGGCAAGUGUAUAAGGGCCGGCUAAAAGAAAACGGAGAUCUCGUGGCUGUUAAAGUGCAGAGGCCUUAUGUUCUUGAAACAGUAACUGUUGAUUUGUUUGUCAUACGGAACUUGGGUUUGUUUCUCCGGAAGUUCCCUCAGGUGUCUAUAGAUGUGGUUGGAUUGGUUGAUGAAUGGGCAGCUCGUUUCUUUGAAGAGUUAGAUUAUGUUAAUGAGGGUGAGAAUGGACUACUCUUUGCUGAAAUGAUGAGAAAAGACCUUCCACAGGUGGUGGUACCAAAAACGUACCCAAAAUAUACAUCAAGAAAGGUUCUUACUACAUCAUGGAUAGAAGGUGAGAAGUUAUCACAGAGUACCGAAAGUGAUGUUGGAGAACUGGUAAAUGUUGGAGUCAUAUGCUACCUGAAGCAGUUGCUUGACACUGGAAUGUUUCAUGCUGAUCCUCAUCCUGGGAAUAUGAUACGAACUCCAGAUGGCAAGCUUGCCAUACUUGAUUUUGGUCUGGUAACCAAGUUAACUGAUGAUCAGAAGUAUGGGAUGAUUGAGGCCAUUGCCCACCUUAUUCAUCGUGAUUAUGGAGCCAUAGUCAAAGACUUUGUCAAGCUUGGUUUUAUUGACGAGGGAGUUAAUUUAGAACCUAUUUUGCCUGUUCUGGCCAAGGUUUUUGAUCAGGCUCUUGAAGGUGGAGGAGCAAAAAAUAUCAACUUCCAGGACUUGGCAGCAGAUUUGGCACAAAUUACAUUUGACUAUCCUUUUAAGAUACCGCCUUAUUUCGCUCUUAUAAUUAGAGCAAUUGGGGUCCUGGAAGGCAUAGCUUUAGUGGGAAAUCCUGAUUUUGCUAUUGUGGAUGAGGCCUAUCCAUAUAUUGCCCAGAGGCUCCUGACAGAUGAAUCCCCGCGGUUGAGGAAUGCUUUACGGUACACAAUUUAUGGGAAAUCAGGCGUGUUUGAUGCCGAGAGAUUUAUUGAUGUCAUGCAAGCCUUUGAGAGUUUCAUAACUGCUGCUAAGAGUGGAGGUGGAGAGGAUAUGAAUGGUGAUAUGGCUGAACUUGGACUUUUGCAAAGUCAAACAGAGUAUACCCUUCCUGGAUUUGCAUCAAAUGUGCAACCAGUUCAAACAAGGGCGGCUUUAGCAUUUGUACUAUCUGAUAAGGGAAACUUUUUCAGAGAAUUUCUCCUGGAUGAGAUUGUGAAAGGCAUUGAUGCAGUUACAAGAGAACAAUUGGUUCGUGCAAUGGCACUUCUUGGAUUUGGAAAUGCUCUCCCAGUUUUCAGCAUGGUUCCUAGUUUUGGGCCAUUCAAGCCCGCUGGACUUCUACCAACAAUAACUGAGGAGGAUAGAGUUAUAUUGAACAAUGUUCAAACAGUAGUCGAGUUCCUGGCUGCAGGAAGUUCAAUAUCAAGAACGUCCAAUCAGGAAUUGAAUGUGGCUCGGGUUAUCCAAGAGUUUCUUCCUGUUUUGCCGAAUAUCUCUUCCACAGUGCUUCCUGAAGUGCUCAACCGGUUAUCUUCACGGGUAAUGGCACGUGUGAUUAGAGAUACAAUUUUGUAAUAA